AUGCUGGUUUUUAUGCACAAAUACAUCGAGUGGAUCGUCAAUGUUAAGGGGGACGAUAAUUGCGGUUACCGGGCCAUUUCGGCUUUGCUUGAUAAGGGAGAGGAUAGUCAUGCGCUUGUCUGUCAUCAACUUAUCCAAGAGUUGAAGAUGCGUAAAGAAUCGUACACGCGGUUGUACGGGGAGAAAGAAAAACUUGAAGCGGUUUAUGAAUCUCUUGUUCCUUGCUUGAGUUGUCAGGCACCGUUGUCAAAAUGGACGAGGUUCCAAGAAAUGAGGCAUCUUAUUGCAUGUGCAUAUGAUAAGGUGUCCAUUGACUUGACGCGAUACGAGUUUUCGGAAACCUUUUUUCCACUCCGCACCUCACCACCUAGAAAUCCAAAUGAUUGCAUUAUGUGUAUUGGAUGGCUUGAAAAAUCAAGUCAUUUUGUACAAGUUUACUUGAAACCGGGAUGUUUCAUACCACCAACAUCACCGGAAUGGACGACUCAUUCAAUCGCAAAUGCCGAGACAUGGACGGAUCAUUUUGUUGAAAGGAUGCACGAAUUCGAAAGAUUGAACAAUGUUGAAAAUGAAUCGAAUGUUGAAAAGUCCAAGAGGGAACCACCAAUAAAUUUAGCUGGCGACACUUGUUUUGAUUCGUUUUGA